AGUGCGGACAACGGCCGCUCUUAGACAGCAUCUCAGGAUCCCGCGUCGUAGGUGGACGCGACGCCCAGCUGGGAGCGUGGCCGUGGUCGGUUAGCCUCCAGAUUCACCGGGCUGGCGUACGAUUUGCACACAUUUGCGGUGGAGUUUUAGUUAAUGAGAAUUCAGUACUUACCGCUGCCCACUGCGUUACACGAAGGAAGGACCCGCGUUACUGGAGAGCUGUUUUGGGUGUGCAUAACCUUUGGAAACAUGGUCAACACACAGCAAAAAGAAGUAUUAGAAGCAUCACUGUGCACCCAGAAUUCAAGACAGGAACACUGGAAAAUGAUAUUGCGUUAUUUGAACUUGAUUCUGCAGUACGCUACAGUGACUAUAUUCAGCCUGUCUGCUUACCUCCUGCACACCUGUACCCCUACAUUGAGAACGCAACAGAAUGCUUUAUUAGCGGCUGGGGACAGACAGCAGAAAAAGGUAAAAAUCUGCUCGCGUUGUUGCUGAUCAAGUCAUAA